AUGACAGUCAAAACUCUCCUUCUCUCCACCCUUGCCGCUGGCCUUGCCUUUGCAUCGCCGACCCCUGGCUUCAACAACGCUGUGAACACGACAACGUGCAACGGUCAAACUUAUGUCUAUCAGCAGUUUGCUGGGUACGGAUUCGUCCCAUCCGAUGCUCGCGACAAAUUCGGUGACACAGCUGGAGGUUUUGGAAGCAGUGCCGUCAUCGAUCCGGACUCCUGGACCGUGAAUAAGGAUGGUGCCUACUCGGGCAUUCUUUGGGCUCUUCCCGAUCGCGGCUGGAACACUCAAGGCACUUUGAACUUCCAAGCAAGAGUGCACAAGUUCCAGAUCACGUUUCAUCCCAACAACACGGCCAGCGUGCAGAACCCCAGUCCUCCCAACUUGCACUUGGAAUACCUCGACACCAUUCGCUUUACCGACCCAUCUGGUCAACCUUCAACAGGACUUGACGCUGAUGUUCAUGGCCCGUACUUAACCUUCCCUGGCACUCCCGACCUCCCGUCAGCCACGUACACAGGCGACGGUUUUGGCCUCAGCGGCACAGGCGGGCACCGCGUUUCGAUGGACUCAGAGGGCCUCGUCCUCGCCGCCGACGGCUCGUUCUGGGUCUCCGAUGAGUACGGUCCGUACAUCUACCACUUCACCCCUGAGGGCCAAAUGAUUUCCGCCAUCCGCCCACCACCGGCAUUGGUUCCACAGCGCAACGGCUCCGACUCUUUCUCCGCCGACAGUCCCCCUAGCUAUGAACCAGACAUCCUAACCAUCCCAAAAGAGAACCCGACCGGCCGCCAGAACAACCAAGGCUUUGAGGGUCUCACUGCCUCUCCUGACGGCAAGACACUGUACGCUCUUAUGCAAUCCGCGCUGGACCAAGAUGGCGGCCUCAAGAAAAAGAAUCGUCGCAACACCCGAUUUCUACAGUACGACAUUUCCGAUCCCUCCACGCCCGUUCUCAAGGCCGAGUAUGUGGUCCAAUUGCCACAGUACUCCAACGACACGAAAGUGGCGGCACAGUCGGAGGUCCAUUUCAUCAGUUCUACCCAGUUUCUCGUUCUCGCCCGCGACUCAAAUGCAGGACAUGGCCAAAAAUCCUCAACCUCGGUAUACCGACACAUUGACGUCUUUGACAUCUCCAACGCCACCAACGUCGCCGGACCGACCUAUGACUGCACGAGUUGCGCCAUCGCAUCCAACUCGUCCGGUGUUCUCGACUCCGCCAUCGUCCCGGCGACAUAUUGCUCUUGGCUGGACUUUAACGUCAACUCGCAGCUGAAUCGGUUCGGACUGCACAACGGGGGCGAACAGGACGCUAGCCUUUUGAACGAGAAGUGGGAAAGUAUCGCCAUGGUCCCCGUGAACCCUUCCGGACCAGACUGCAAGGGUGGCAAGGGCCACGGGAAGGCGGACGGGGAAUAUUUCAUCUUCAGUCUCAGCGACAAUGAUUUCAUCACUCAGAACGGGUUCAUGGAUGGUGGGAAGCUCCCUUACGCAGACAAGAGCGGUUAUAAUCUUGAUAACCAGGUUCUGGUCUUCAAGGUCAAAAUUCCUACCACCAAUAAUUGGUAG